AUGAAAACUUUGUUUAUUGUUCGCCAUGGACAAACCCCAUUAAACAAACAAAAAUUAAUUCAUGGUAGAAAAUAUUUACCUCAAUGUCCUUUAAGUGAAGAAGGAGUUCAACAAGCUGAAAGAUUUUAUAGUUCUCAUCAAGACCUUCCAAUCUCAUCAGUCUUCACAUCGUCACUUUUACGUUCACAACUAUCUGUUCAACAUUUUAUUGAAAAAUAUCCACACCAAAUUUUAAAAGGAUUUGAUGAAGUUGAUUUUGGGAAAUACGAAGGGUUAACUAUCUUUGAGAAUGGUAAAUGUAGAUUAGACGAAGUAUUCGAUCAAUGGAAAAAAGGGAAUUAUGAUGCUCGAAUUGAAGGAGGUCAGUCAUUAAAUGAUAUUAUCCAACAACAAAAAGAAGCUAUGAAAAUUGUUUUAGAAAAGGAUGGAAAUGUACUGAUUGCAAUGCAUAGAAGAGCACUAGUAAUUCUUCUUUGUUGGACAUUAAACAUUCCGUAUAGUAAGGCAAGUGAAAUUGACCCAAAGAAUUUAGAGUUAUUUACACUUCAAUAUAAUUAUGAGAAUCAAAAGUUUAUAAGUACAAAAGAUUAUUUAAUAAGAGAUUAA